AUGUCCUCACAAGCAAAUGGUGAUACGUACGGUGUCCCCGGUACAGGUGCCGGUGGAGGCUCCAAGUACAAGCCUUUCAAACAAGAAGAAGCAAAAAGACCCGAAUUCGACCCUACUUUGUCCUACGCCCUGACCAAAGCACCUCAAGUCGACUUCAAAGCUGGCCAAGGUCUCAACUCACAUCCCAAGUCGGCGUCCUUCGCUGCGGAUGACGCCGAGUACCACGUCAUUCAAAUCGGCAAGACCAACGUCUCAUCGGCAACGAUGUACAAGCUCAUGGUCUCCUCUAUCGCUCCCCGUCCGGUGGCACUCGUCACAACGCUCAACGAGAAUGGAUCGCCCAACCUUGCCCCUAUCAGUUGGUAUCAAAUGGUAUCGCAAGAUCCAGCCAUGGUUAUGAUUUCCUUCGGAGGCAGCGAAAAUAGGCGAAAGGACAGCGAGAACAACAUCAAGCGGCUCAACGAGUUUUCCAUUUCUUCAUCUUCCGAACCAUACGCAGAAGCACUCAACUUUGCAUCUGUGGACUGUCCUUCGGGCGUCAGCGAGUAUGCUUUGUCAGGCCUCACACCGGUCAAGAGUAAGGUGAUCAAGACUCCCCGCGUCAAGGAGUCGCCAAUGUCAAUGGAGUGUGAGGUGGAGUACACCCGUGACAUCCACAAUGCUCAGGGCAAGCACACCACUACUCUUGUCCUGGGUCACGUACGUGUCAUGCACAUUCGCAAAGACAUGAUCAAUCCCCAGACCGGUGCUGUUGACGCUGCCAAGACUCUUCCCAUCACCCGUAUUGGCGGCCUGCAGUAUGCCCGCACUUCGGUAGGCUACGAGCUGGAAAGGCCUAAGUGGGACGUCAUCAAGGACCGACCUGACGUCAAGGCUGCGCUUGAGAAGGGACCAAAACCGUGGUUCGAGAACAAGGAUGAGGUGCUAGAGUCCUACCCUUGA